AUGUACAGACGGAGGACAGAGCAGACAGAGCAGACAGAGCAGACAGAGCAAAUGAUAUCCACCCUUGCCAUCACAACCGUGAGUACAGCGGCGCGGAAAUCACUGUCUGUGCAUGUGCAUGUGACAUCAGCACCGAUGUUGGCGUACGAGCUUGGGUACCUGCCCGCUUCACUCCAAGCGCCACGACGUCGAGCAAAGGAAGGGGUUUCUUAA